CUUUCGGUCGCCUUGCAAAACUCAAGAAAAACCGAAACAGAGGAAAUAAGCUGAAUUUUUACGGCGAUCUAUGAUGGCUCAAUCCCUUUGCUUACGGCCAUGAGCUAAUCUACUAAACUUGCUUCUUUUAAGAUGUCUGCGAAAGGGAGUGAGCUGCGAAAAUUAAGCGAAGAAAGCUUGACCAGGCCGCCCGAAGAAGUCUUUGAUGUCCUCGAAAAGCUUGGCGAAGGUUCCUAUGGCUCUGUUUAUAAAGCAAUGCACAAGGAAACAGGUCAAGUUGUUGCCAUUAAACAAGUACCAGUUGACACAGACCUGCAGGAGAUUAUCAAAGAAAUUAGUAUGAUGCAGCAGUGUGAUAGUCCAUAUGUUGUGAAGUAUUAUGGAAGCUACUUCAAGAACACAGAUCUUUGGAUUGUUAUGGAAUUCUGUGGUGCUGGCUCAGUGUCAGAUUUAAUGAAAAUAAGAAAUAAAACUUUGACAGAAGAGGAAAUAGCAUGUAUAUUGAAGUACACUCUCAAGGGACUUGAAUAUCUUCAUUUGAGAAGAAAAAUACACAGAGACAUCAAGGCAGGGAAUAUCCUGCUUAAUGCAGAGGGCCAUGCCAAACUUGCAGACUUUGGGGUUGCUGGUCAACUCACUGAUACAAUGGCAAAAAGGAACACAGUUAUAGGAACUCCAUUUUGGAUGGCCCCUGAAGUGAUACAGGAAAUUGGCUAUGACUGCUUAGCAGAUAUUUGGUCUCUAGGAAUUACAGCAAUAGAAAUGGCAGAAGGAAAACCUCCUUAUGCAGAUAUUCAUCCAAUGAGGGCAAUAUUUAUGAUUCCAACCAAGCCCCCUCCGACGUUUAAAGAUGACGAAAGAUGGAGCAUGGAAUUCUUGGACUUUGUUAGCAAAUGUCUUGUGAAGAAUCCAGAGGAAAGGGCGACUGCUACGCAGCUGUUACAGCAUCCGUUUAUUGAAUCUGCCAAGGCUUUAAGUGUGCUAAGCAGCAUGAUUCAAGAGGCGCUGAAUAUUAUGGAGGAAGAAAGUACACGAGAGGAAAACGAGGAUGAAAACGAGGAGGCUGACGGACAAGUGGAAUCAGGGACAAUCGUGAAAGUCGGUGAUGGUAAUGAAAACACCAUGAUAAUGAACACCGCAACAAGUGUUCAGAGCCAAGAUACAAUGAUUGUGAACAGUGAAGCAGGUACACUGCUGGAGUCAGACCUUGGGACAAUGGUGAUCAACUCUGACGACGAUGACGCUACAAUGAAAAGACUGGACAGUGACGCCAAACAGAAUUAUCGGCCGUCCUUUAUGGAUCAUUUUGACAGAAUAUUCGAAGCUGGAGGGCGAGGCAGCGAGUCUGGCGCUAAUGGUUCAACUGAAGAAGACUCCGGGGGACUCCUGAGGGGAGUGAAACCAGAAGAUCCCUUUAAGCUUAAGAAAGAAGGGCCCCCUGACUUUGAAUUUUUAAGAUCUCUUCCUUGUGAUGAACUGCAACGGCGAAUGCAAACACUGGACAUGGAAAUGGAAAAAGAAAUUGAAGGCCUUCGGUCCAGAUACCAAGCAAAAAGACAACCCAUCCUAGACGCCAUGGAAGCCAAGAAAAGAAGGCAACAGAACUUUUAGCGGCAUCACGUUGCCUCGAUGGGAAUUGUACAACACUGCAUGUUUUGUAGAAAAAGUUUUCCUUACGAUUAUUUAAAGGUUUUAAGUCUCCAAUUUUUUUUUGCCACGGGUAAAGUUACCUCCAGCCUGAAGGAAACUACACAACAUUAGUUCUGUACGAUAAAAUAAAUACCAAAAUGGAAAGUGUAAACCUAGAGGGAACCAGAUAUACUAAGGAUUAAGAGGAUUGAAACAGAUUAUGAAUGAUCAACUUGGUAGUUUUUCAGCGAAAUGUUUUGGCAUGCUGAGUAUUUAACGUGGUUCCUUUAAGGUCAUAUUUCUGUGAAAGCAGCCGGCAGAACAACUGCCCAGGGUACGAGCGUUAGCCUUUGAAUUUAAGGCAUAAUUGGUGAGUAGCUGCCCCGAAUAUUCUUCUGCCAAGUAAACGCUGUCUACACUAAAAUACCGUGUGAGUUCCAUCAACUCUUGUAAAACAAUGCGGACCUAUGGUGAACAUGGCGAAUAACCUUCCUCCAUACCCCCUCACAAAAGAAACGAGGUCCACCAGAGAAUUACAGUUAUCUAUGAGUGCCCCUCGAAUCAAGUAGGUGAUACGGACCUAUGCUGAAUAUUGUCGGUUGCGUCAGGAGAGAUACGUGUCCAGGAUCCUUUUCGUGCAUGGUUUUUGUGUGCGGAUUCAAAAUGGAGGAAUAAAAACCAAUGGCUGUGAGUUUCAUUUGCUUUAGGAUUGAAGUAGGAUCUCUGAAUGAACAGCGCACUUACAGAAUUGAAAAAACUUGUUCAUAUUAUUUAAACUAACAGUUUUACUUUAUACCUCUAGCUAAACUGAAGAAAUGGACUGAGAUUAGUUGGUAUGAAGAGUUUGGUUAUGUUGACCCAUGGUAAUUACCUUUGGUCCGUCAAAACUUUGUUUUGCAUUUGGUCAAUUGAUAGAUUAAUUGAAUGCCUGCGACCGAUCGACUCGCUGUUGGCCGCCCUCCUCAAAAACUUGACAUAAACUAAAGAAAUCUCUAUAUGAAGCUCAAAAACUCGAAAUCUCCAAUUAAUAAAGAAAAUUAUGCUAUCGGAAGCUCAAUAUUUUCUUUUUUUCUGUGAAAUUAGACGCCUAUUUAUAAAGUUUUAUUUUGGAAAGUGAAACAAUUCAUGUAAAAUCGCUCUUGUAUGAUAUGAUGUCUACCAGAUAUCAAGUGAGCGGAAUUCACAGAAUUUGACGUGGUGCCUUAGAUAAACAAAUGAGGAAUGAUGAAGAAUGAAAAUGUAGUCCAAGUAAAGACAGGAAUCAUAGAAAUCGAUCAGAGGCUGGAAAGGAUCAAUGUUAGGAUCCGAGCAAAUGCGCACCUACCCCUUCCCUAACUUAACAGCAGUCGCUGUUAACAAGUUAGGAUUAAUGUUGGGCUGGGGGAGGAGGGGUAGGUGUGCAUUUGCUCAGAUAUUGACGUACAUUACUUAUUCCUGACUCCUCAACUACAUUACUACUUAAAGUUUGGUAACUUCACACUGACAGGCCCCGUUGAGAGGUGGAAUCCCAGAUGCACUAGAGAGAUCCAGGGAAGUCGAGGAAUAGACGCGCAACUCCUGGAAAGCAGGGACGCCGGAGUGGCGUGCGUGAGAGUGUGAGACGUGGUGAAGCGUAUGUCAUAGAAAUGGAAUAUAAUGAAGGAAAUGGCUUGAAGUUAAUUGAUUUGGUUUGCCAGAGAAUGCUUCCCUCAUGUGGAAAGCUACUUUUUUCUUUUAUUUAUCGAUCACUACCUCAGUGACUUCGCUAUGGUUUUGUACAUUGAAUUUUAAUUCUAGACGUUGCUGUUUUUAAGACUUUUGUUAAUAAUUGAACACUAACACUUCGAUUGUUGUCUGGUCAGUUCGUUGACAUUGAGUCGCUCUAUGUCGCCCUAGAAACGCUGCUGACAAGUUCCCCGGGCCCAGAAAAUAUCUGCGUUUCGAUUUUUAGUGAAGAAAGGUUGAUACGUAGAUUUCCAUUUCAAAUUGAGCAUAAAAUGUAUAUAUUGCCUUUAUUAUGUGAUAGGAUUAUAGGUUAUUAUCUUUACCAGAAGCACGUUAUCUUCAUUUCAAACACUUGGGGAUCUAGUCUACUUUCCAGCCGUUUUUAUCUUGUUUGUUUGUUGUUGUAGCAAAGGGUUGUUUUUUUCGUGUUCUUUCGCGCUUUUUAUGUUUGUCGUCACGCGACUGUACUCGUCACGGUUUUCGUUAGUCAGAUGUUGCGUUACGACCCAAAUACCAUCUGGAAAGGAGGCUACAUCGUUCCCACUCAUUCUUGACUAAGAUCUACAACUAAUUGUAAAGCAAAGGGAGAUUGUUGGUUACUUAGAAUAAAUUAUCUUAGUUUUAACAAGUGAUUGCUUAAAAAAAUUUGAGAAGUAAAGUUUUUACAAUGA